AUGGCCGCCCCGGACCUUCUCUGGGAGUGCGUGAAGAACAGCUCGUCCUUCAUUCGCAAAAACAAGAAUGUCCCCACCAUGACGGCUGAGCCAGGCAACCUCACUGGCUUGAAUUCUUUCAAGUACAGUGGUCUCGCUGCCAAACAGGUCUUGGGCUUGGAUUCCAAGAAGGUGGGAAAGAAGGAGUCCAUUGUCCUCACCACCCGCAGCAAGAGGAAGGGAAGGCAACAGCGGCCCGGCACCGUCCUUGUCACCACCGGGAUCAAGAAAGGUGCGGCUAGCCUGCAAUCACGGAGCGAUGUCGUGGCUGCAUCGGCUUCGCCAGGCAGCAAGAAGGGCCCCGAGCAGCUGAAGAAGGCACAGUUUCCUUUGUCAUUCAAUGUGCUCGACACGGCGCCCCUGCAGAUCAUCGCGACAACCUACAACCGCCCGGACAUGCUGGCAAUGGCCCUCGCCAAGUACAGCAAGAUCAAGAAGUCUUUCAAGAAGAAGGUGGCACUGCAGUCCGCCUCUUUAAGAUUGACAAGUCUCCUGUGUGUGCAGUGCAACAGUGAGACUGCACGAACCCAAGGUCUGUCCGGAGCCGGAAGUAAGCCCUGGAUGGAGCUGGCGGCGGUGUGA